CGUUCGGCAGUCCAGACAAACAGUCAGUUGUUCAGCCAUUAUCUGCUGCUCACACAAACCCCAGGACUGUGUUUGGCAAUUGACAUCAAGAAAACUCAAACAAGUGAGAAAAAACAUAUUUCAAGACAGUUUCUUUGGACAGGAAAGACAAAGCAUCUGAAGGACUGAGAGAAGAAGCACAAAGCUGACAGCUGACCAAGACUCUGAAAGCAACUGCCAUGGGAAAUGCCACCAGCAGCGCAAUAUCAAAGGAGAUCCUGGAGGAUCUGAAGCUCACCACCAAAUUCACUGAGAUGGAAAUCUCCCAGUGGUAUGAGAACUUUCAGAAGCAGUGUCCCACGGGGCGCAUCACGCCGGAGGAGUUUGAGGAGAUCUACACCCGGUUCUUCCCUGAAACCGAUGCCAAGUGCUACGCACGGCAUGUGUUCCGUUCCUUCGACACCAACGACGACGGCACGUUAGACUUCAAGGAGUACAUCAUUGCCCUGCACAUGACCUCCAGCGGGAAGACCACCAGGAAACUUGAGUGGGCCUUCUCUUUGUUCGACGUGGACAAAAAUGGGUACAUAAACAAGUCGGAGGUGAAGGAAAUCUGCCAGGCCAUCUUUAAGCUGAUUCCCGAGGACGAGCAGAAGAAGCUACCAGAGGAUGAGAACACACCCGAGAAGAGAGCCAACAAGCUGUGGGCUUACUUUGACAAGAAAGACAAUGAGCGACUGGCUGAAGGAGAGUUCAUCAAGGGAGUGAUUGAAAACGAGAAUGCAAUGCGUCUCAUUCAGUACGAACCCUCUAAACAAUGAAGUCCUUCCUGCUUUUCCCUCUCUUCCUGUCUUUCACUCCUGAAGCUCCUGUAUGUUUUUCUCCUCCUCACAUCAGAUGCCGUCGUUCACUUCACUCGUCCUUCUGUGUAAAUACUCAUUUCUGCUCCGGUGUAACUUUAAAGAAAGUUUUGGAUUUUUUGUUCUUUUACUGUUUGUGAAUAAAUGUCAUCAUAACAGAACCUAGUAGAAGCAAAUUAUGGAAUAGUUCUUACAGUCCCCCAAAAACAUCAUAACUACAUAUAAACUAAUGCACUUAAAAUAGAAGUAUGCAUCGGUUAUAUUGUACUACUGUUGAAUUUAAAAAAUUUUUUUUUUUUAAUUCUUUCUGCAGAACAACAUGUUAGGAAUACAAAACCUAAUUGUUAGUAGUUUUUUUUUACAGACUUGAAAUAUCUUGAUUGAGAUUUUAGCUCUUAAGUGUUGUACUUUAUCCACUGAACAAUAAAUUAAAGGUUUUCUCAUACAUCUGUUGUUGGGAAAUCAAUUUAUUUAUCUGCUCCACUAAUCUUCUUUUUGACCCAGAAACUUACUUUAUACCAUUAUUCUCGUGGCUGACAAAAAUGGCGCUUUAGUUUUUUUUUCUUUCUUUCUUUUUUUUUUUAGUUUUCAAUUGUAUAAUCCCCAACAGUAAAUCCUGGAUAAUCUCAAAAGUGUAACCUACAGAUAUUGAAGGUACAUUUAAGCCAUUUUAUCUGGCUCUGUGAAUUAAUGCCUAUAUAAUCUUUUGUUAAACUCAGUAAGUAUUGCAAGCACAUGUACAAAACCUGGAUUUAUUUGACGUUACGGUGACGCCGGGGCCAGAGUGCAGAGGCAGUCGCUUUUUGAAGAGUGUGCCAGAAUUUCUUUCCAACUUUCAUUCUGACCCCCAACAACUGGGACCUCUCUGUCCCCUCAACAUGUCUCUUCUCUGCUCCGUCCAACUCAGGAUUAAUGGUUUACACAUAAUCUUCUGUUCAACAUGAGAGCAGACUUUUCCAAAAUCUCUGUAAUCAUUUUAUCUCUGUGGAUCUGUCUGCUCAUCUUCACACAAAAACUGUAUUUGGUGGCUCUUUUGGUUGAAGGUUCAUCAUUUAACAUAAGUUUGUCAUGAGAUAAAGAAGACGCUGAAAAAAGAAUCAAGUUUAAUGUUCAAAUCAGGUUAAUUAUUAGAUAUUCUAUAUACCGUUGAGACAAAAAUGUGACAUAAAUUGCUGACUUGAAGGUAUAUAGUGAAUCGUUGGUGCCAAAAUCACCAAAAUCUGUAAAUAUUUGAGUUCCUCUCUAAAAUGCUUAUUUUAAUAGUUCAAACUCCAAAUAUUCCUAAAUAUGAUUUAAAACGCACAGUCAAAACAAUCUUGGCACAUUCACAAAAACUAAUAUUUUCAGUCUUCCAUGUUUCCACUCUUAGGAGUUCAGCCAAUCAGCGAUAAGGAUUGACUACUUUGAAAAAACAUCAUCCAAUAGUGUGUCAAGUAGUACUGUGCCCAGGUGUUUUAAAGGAAGGUAAACAUUUUAAACAUUUCACAUGUAGAAAAAUACAUUUGCUUUGUUAUGAUCAGGCACAGACACACAUAGCAUGCAGAUUUGCAUGCGAUGUUUUCCUCAAAGUCUUCACGUCUUGAUAUGAGUUAACUGAGUGGGCGUCAUUUACAGGCUGCGAGACCCACUUAAGUCUUUUUUGAAUAUAACUUAAUAACUUAAUAGAAUUAAAAUGGCAUAUUUACGGUGGCAUCAUUUUCCAGUGAUUUCUUUUUUCAGUUGCUGCCUCUAUUGCAGCACCUUUUCUUUGUUUAUUAACCAUCUUAUGAAGCAUAUCUGUGUCAAAACCUAAGAACUGAGAGAGAUCUCCUGCAAUGAUAGACAUUUUCAAACUCCAAAUACACCUGAAUCUUGGAAACAAGCA